CGUGUACUCAACGCGUAGUCUAUUCUAUGAAUCGCGUUUGAUGGUACGUCCAAUAGAGUUGGAUAGCAUUGUGUGUAUAUAUUCUUUUGUGGUAUAUUCUAUAGUUUUGCGCGUUUCUUUUAACCAAUAAACAUCUAAUAUUAUGUCAUAUGCAUUUUCAGCACUUGUCGUUAUAUCAGUUGUUGUGGAUGAGCAGGUCGCUUCAUAUAUUCAUAUGCGAUAUGCGAUAUGCGAUAUACAAAUAUUUACUAAAGAAAGAUGUCAGAUUCUAUGUGAACUCUGGGCUUUAGCAUGAUAGAUAAAAUGAUCCGUGUGAUUUUUCACACUCGUCAUAGUACACUUGGUAACAUUAUAUGUUAAUUAUUUCCAACCGUGGAAUUCCAUAUAAAUCAAUUUAAAAUAUAUAAAUAAAUUUUAAAAAAUCAUAUUUUACGGUUAUAAUAGCAGUGAAAUAUUAAGUGUUGAACGAGUUUAAAUUUUAGUGAUUCUUCACUUGAUCUCUUUUGUUAUCACGUACGAAAAUAAUUAUAGUGUUUUUGAAGCUUGUGCUGCUGUUUUCAUUAUUAAUUUAUGUUCUCUUCUUCAUAUUAUCUUAUUAAUUUGGUCAAUGGGUACCAUGCGCGUACCAGUCUCGACCCAUUCAAGUGCAGUGAACAUGCUUAUAAAUAAUUAAAAGUGUUAAAAAAAAAUUAUUUAAAGUGUAAAUUAAAAAAUGGAUAAAAUAACGAAUAUGGAGGAAUCAGGAAUUGAUAUGGGUUUUGAUCUUGCCGCGCUCACAAGUGAUGAAAAUGUCGAUGUUGAUUAUAACGAUUACGAUCAGGUUCUGUCAAUGCUCUGCAAUUCUCAAGAUUUUGUAUAUUAUGAAAUAAAAAGUCGGGCGCCAAAUACAUGCAGUCCUCCGACAUUUAAAACUGCAACACCAACUUCGAGGACACAAUUGAAACUUCAAUUGAUGCGAGAACAGUUACAAGAGCAGGAAAGAAGAGAGGCUGAAUUUCGUCAGAGUUUACAACAACAGAAGCCAAUAGCGGCAACUCCAAAGCCUGUUCCUGGUGCACAAUUAACAACAAUAGGUGUUGAUGUUCCUCCACAAGUUCUUCAAGUGCGAACACUUUUAGAAAAUCCUACGCGUUACCAUGUGGUACAGAAACAGAAGAAUCAAGUUCGACAGUAUCUCCACGAGUCAUUUUGGUCAGCUGAUAGUGAAGCCGCACAGAAGAUUGCGGGUUCUAAUAGUGGUUCUGAAGGUGAAAAUGUCGGCAGUAUUACAUCAAACAUAGGAAUGUCCCAAGUACCAAUGACAGUUCAAAGUGCUCCACCGGGACUAACGCAUCAUCAGCUAAAGCCACAUCACCCUGAUCUUGCAUCUUACCCCCAUACAUCGUCAUUCCUUUCUCAGGUAUCUGGUGUUUCAGCCAGCCCUGACCUAACUGGUGGUACUAUGUCACCCGGACUUUCAAGCGUCGCUACUAGUAAUUCAGAGGCAGAAGAUCUUUUAGAUGACAUCUUAUCAUUUGAGAAUGGAUCCUUGAAAGAUGGUCACACCGGAAGUCAUACAACUAGUUUACCAGAUUUACAAAUAAAACCGGAACCAUUGUUACUUACUGACGCAGAAAUUCAUGCCCUUGCGAAAGAUCGUCAGAAAAAGGAUAAUCACAAUAUGAUUGAGAGAAGACGAAGAUUUAAUAUCAACGAUAGGAUCAAAGAACUCGGGACACUGCUACCAAAAACGAAUGAUCCGUAUUAUGAAAUUGUUAGAGACGUGAGACCAAACAAAGGAACGAUAUUAAAAUCUUCAGUAGAGUACAUUAAGCUUUUAAAAAACGAGUUAACUCGAAUGAAACAGUGUGAAAUGAGGCAUAAGCAGCUAGAGCAUCAAAAUCGUCGGCUUCAACUACGAGUUCAGGAACUGGAACUUCAAGCGAAAACUCAUGGUCUUCCUGUAACAGACUUUCAUUGGGCUUCUACGUCUGCUGGUGCUAUCAAUUCCAUUUGUAGGAGUAAAAAUGACAAAAGAAAAAAAUUGUUGCAGAUGCCAGAUGUCAUGACGGAAGAGACGUCAGUACUGAGCUUGGCACAAUUUGAAGAUCUGAUGGAAGACGAUGGGGGAGGUCCUGUUCAUGGAGGUGAUCCGAUGCUGUCAUCGCCACAUUUGCCACCCCUUAGUCCUCCUGAGUCUGCCUGUCAUCCUCUUCCGGAUGAAGAUACCCUUGGAAGCUUGGUACCUACCCCAUCAAAUUCAUCAUCCGAAAUGGAUAUAGUGGCAUAACCAGCAGCUUUUGUUUUCACUUACGUUACUGGGCUCUUAUUCGCAUCGAUAAUUGAUUCGUUACACGAUCAAUUGUUGUAAGACUGUGAAUAAUUGUUAUAAUUAUCGGGUCAAAAGAUUUUAAACAAUAGCACAGUCAAAUGUUAAUAAAAACUAAAUAAUAAAGUAACUAAUUGGAAAUAAAAUCGAUCGUUACUUUUGAGGCUCCUUUCAAACAUCGGCUGUUUUAUUUGUUAGAAGUUGACGGAAAUCAUAUUGACACUUAAAACUUUCAAAAAUAUAUGUACGUCACGUCCCUUUUAUAUCGGCCACAACGAACAGAAAAAACUAUGAUAUACUUGCCAUGUAAAAAGCAAUUGCUUUAGAUAUAUGUCUCGUAAUGAUACUUGUUGUACAUAAAAUUGAAUAUAACUAUUGAAAAACUUUUUAACACCCUUCAAUUAAUUAUUUAAUGAAAGACAAAUUAUAAACUCAGAGAAUUUUAUAGUAUUUUUUACACAAAAAAUUUAUAGGAAAAUUACUAUACUAAUAUUAGCGUGAGGACAGUAUGGAAUUAUGGUACAAAUUACUGAUAACAUAGAAAUUUUUUAGAUAAAUCUUACAGAAAUUACGAUGUGCAUUGUACACUGAUAGAAAAACUAUCUUGAUUCAAGAAAAAUUUUUUCUUCAAAAUGUGGUUCUUGUUUUAAAAUUUUGAAUUGUUUUAAUUCAAGAAAUAAGUCCUUGAACCGAAAAAUUGAAAUUCUCGGAUAGAGAAAAAAAAUUCUUUGUUUGAGAAUUUGAUUUUUCGAUGAAGCCUUUUUUGUUUUGAAACAAAAUUCUGACAUAUUUCGUUCAAGAAUUUCUUGCUCUUGGAUUAAGAUAGGCAAAAUCUAGGUUUAAGACAUUAUCGACUCGUUUCGAGAAUGGCGCGGUUUUUAAAUCAAGAUAUCAAUUUACUCAGCUUGAAAAAAAACUUUUUUUUUUAUUUUAAAAGUAAAAAGUUUUAAAGUGAUUUUUUAGGACUACAUUCAUUUACUUCAGAUAUGUUAAAGUAGAAAUUUAUUUUUAAAAAAAUUUUUUUUUUCAUUACUUUAAAAACAUCUUCUAUCAAGGAAUUAUUACUUGAACCAAAAAUUUAAAGUUCUUAAAAUAAUAAUACGACAUUUUUAGUUGAAGACAAGUGGUCUUGCUUGAAGAAUUCGACAGUAUCGAUUGAAGAUAAUAUAGUUCCGGGUCAAGACACGAGAGUUAUCCAUCGAAGAUACAAAAUCUAUAGAGCCAAGAAAAUCUAAAUCAAGACAAGAAUUUCUUGAAGCAAGACAAUUUGUUUUCUUCAGAAAUAAAUUCUUGGCUCAAGAAAAUAUUUCUUGAGUCAAUAUAAAUUUUCUAUCAGUGUAUGGAUCACAAGGCAACAGAUUAAAUUUCAUUGCUGAAAUUUUUAUUAGCUGCAUCGUAAUUAAUUAUGUUAAAUAAAUUAUCACUUAUUUAUUGAAAUAAAUCAUCAUUAACACUAAUAACAACAGUCCAUCUACUAAAUUUAUCCAAAAUUUCAUAAGCAUUAGGGUGUUCGUUAUUUCCCAAAUUAUAUUUUUUUACUUGACCGUGGUAUUUUAAUGCCGUUUAACCCUGUCUAUGUAAUGGUACUUUUCCAUUUUAGUACAAUGAGAAAAAUUUUAUUACUCGCUUAAAAAUAAGUGUACCGACCAUAACUGAAACAUAUUUUUGUAGGAAAUUGACUGCUCUUCAAAAAAGGUCUCUUAUGUUUUUUUUGUGGAUCUAACCAUUUGAGAGAUAUUGAAGGUCAAAGUUUGAUUAGUUUAAGACAAAAUAUCGUUCUCAAAAAAUUUUUGGGUAAUUUUUAUUAUAAAAUUCUCUGCGUGUAGAAUCAAAAGAAAAUACUGCUCACUAUUUACGAAAUAAAAAUAUCAAUUGAAAGUGCUUUAAAGUAAUGAAUAUUGUACAGAUUAGUAGUGGACCUUAUAAUUUAGUGGUUACACAAAUAUUUGAAAGUCUCAUAUUUAAAACAAUUUACAGACUCAUUAGUUUUUAAUAAAAAUAAAUCCAAAUACGGUACUUUUAUUUAGAAUUAAUAACAGAUCUUACAUAAGUAAUCAAUUCUAUAUUUUUUUAAAAAUCAUAACUGAUGUUAUAUAGCAAAAAGUAAACAGUGAUAUAGAAUAUUUUUCCGUAAUCUGCUGAUGAUUAGUAUUUGAUAUUUUUAGAUGUAUGAUAAUUAGGGCGAUCCAAAAAAACCGACUAUUUUUUUCUUUUUCAAGUCUCUUAUGAAAAUUUGUUGGUAUAAGAUGUUUUAAGAAGCCUCUCCGAAAAUCAGCUUGUUAAAAAAUUUUUAAGAGAACGCUCAGAAAUUUCGAAAAUAUCAAAAAUGAUUCAAAUUCGGAUUUUUUGUUUCUAAAUUUUUUCUUUCUCGUGGCACAAACAGUUUAUAUUUGUAAAAUCACGAAUAUACUGAAAAUUUCAGCCCAAAAUUUAAAUAUUCAAUGGGCGCUCAAGAAUUUUGACUAUUAACUGAAAAAUUGUAACUAAUACUUUGAAUUAGUUUUUGUAUUUUUUUGUAACUCAAUUAUUGUCAUUUCACUUAAAUAUAACUUUUGCAUAACCGAAAAUAUACGGGACAGUCUUAAACAAUGAAAUUGGGUAAGUUUUGAAUAAGCAAAAAAACCUACCCGAUGAAAAAAAUUUUAUACAAUUGUAUAGAAUUAUAUAUCAAUUAUAUAUGGACUAUAUAUAAUUAUAUAUAGACUAUGUAUAAUUGGAUAGAAAAAAUGGCCCGAUCCAAUUGUAUACAAUUU